AUGUAUGUUUGCACUUAUAAUUGUUUUUUUAUUAAUCUGUUUAUUUAUUAUUUUCGCAGAGUUUUUAAGAAGAGCAGUCCAAACUCCAAGCUAACGGUCUACUUGGGCAAAAGGGAUUUCAUUGACCAUCUUAGCCAUAUUGAUCCAAUUGACGGGGUAGUUCUCGUUGACCCGGAUUACCUCAACGGUCGAAAAGUUUUCGUGCAUGUUCUUGCGGCGUUUCGCUACGGUCGCGAGGAUCUCGACGUUCUCGGCCUCACGUUUCGCAAGGAUCUAUUCCUGGCCACCCAGCAAGUUUAUCCGCCAGAGCGAGGCGGAGAAUCCGGCGGCGAAUCGCCCUCGUCGCGACCGCCAACGCGUCUGCAGGAAAGGCUACUGAAAAAGCUGGGACCGAAUGCGUAUCCGUUUUAUUUUGAGCUACCUUCAAGCACCCCGGCUUCAGUAACUCUUCAACCGGCCGCUGGCGACACUGGAAAACCAUGCGGUGUAGACUACGAGCUGAGAACAUAUGUUGACGACUUGAGCGGCGGGGAGAAAGCUAACAAACGUUCCACAAUCCAGCUGGCUAUUAGAAAGCUAACCUACGCCCCCGAAGAACCAGCCCCUCAGCCAACAGCUGAAGCCAAUAAAGAGUUUAUGAUCAGUUCUGGUAGUUUGAGAUUGGAAGCUACUCUGGAUAAGGAGAAAUACUACCACGGAGAAUACAUAUCCGUAAAUGUUCUCGUCGACAACAACACAAGCAAGAGUGUCAAAAAAAUAAAAAUAUCCGUUCGACAGUAUGCUGAUAUUUGUCUCUUUUCAACUGCACAGUACAAGUGCACUGUGGCCGAGCUGGAAUCUGAGGAAGGAUUUCCGAUACAACCAAGCCAAACAGGAUUUUGUAAGGUUUACACCCUGACACCUCUACUAAGUAACAACCGUCAUAAACGAGGUUUGGCUUUAGAUGGCAAGUUGAAACAUGAAGAUACCAAUCUUGCAUCUUCAACAAUAUUAUUAGACCCAAGCCAGAAGGAAAACCUGGGCAUCAUCGUACAGUACAAGGUCAAGGUCAGACUCAUAUUGGGUUUCGGGUCAAGCGACCUUGCAGUUAAGCUGCCCUUCACCUUGACUCACCCCAAACCAGUUGAUACUCCUCCAUCCACACCAACAGCCAACCAAUCAUCUUCGCAGGCCCCGACAACUUCUGUCCCGGCAGCCAAUCAGCAGCCAGCGUCUGCGCCAUCCUCGUCUUUGAUUGCUGCGAAUGAUGAUCUGAUAUUUGAAGAUUUUGCAAGGUUGCGUUUGAAAGGCGUGAUGGACCAUGAUUGA